UGGAUUGUCUAAACAAAAUCUUAAACAUUUAACAUUUUUAAUUUGUCCCAUAACUCGUAAAGUCUGGUAUCACUUUUAGCAUAAAAAUAAAUAGGUUUAAAAGUUAUCAAUAUAUUCGCUUGCAGUAGCAAAGGUCAAGUAGAUUUAAUCAGUACAUAUAUACUUCGUCUAAUUCCACAAAUAUUAGUGGAAAAAUUGUUUGGAUUAACCGAAAGAUAUAGCUCGUUAUUGAAUCAUAAAUACUGUUUGUACGUAUGCUAAUCGCUCAAAGUUAAUCUAUCAUCCGCCGAGUAAGGAAACGUAAAGUAACGUUGUGCAUUCACACUAUUAAGUGACAUGAUUUCAAGUUUUUAUGAAAAAAUUGUUGGUACGUCUUCUACAGUGGAGUCAAACCAGCAGAAAAUUCUUUGUAUUGGAUUAACUUGUUUGGAUAUUGUACAAACGUGCAAACAAUAUCCCGCAGAAGAUUCUGAUCAAAGAUCUGUAGAAUGUCGAUGGCAAAGAGGAGGUAAUGCAUCUAAUACUUGUACGGUUCUUUCUCAAUUAGGGAGCCCGUGUGAAUUUUUUGGUACUUUAAGUGCUGAAGAACAUUUAAGUUUUUUGCAAAAUGAUAUGCGGAGUUACAAUAUCGACUUUUCUCAUUGUCCUAUGGUAGAAGGUAUAGGGUGUCCAAUAUCUACUGUUAUGCUAAGUUUAAGCUCAGGGUCUCGUACAAUUUUACAUCAUAAUCCAAAUCUGCCAGAGCUAACAUUGAAGAAUUUUGAGCAACUACAUUUAGAAGAUUACAGUUGGAUUCAUUUUGAAGGUAGAAACUUGAAUGAAGUACUAUCUAUGAUGCAGUGUGUGGAAAAUUAUAAUAACAUGUUGAAUUAUAGUGAAGAUAGCAAUAGUAAAGAAAUCGCUUCUAGUCAAGUGCCAAUUACUGUUAGUGUAGAAUUAGAAACUCCAAAACAAGAAUUAUUAGAUUUACUACCUUAUGUCGAUGUAGCAUUUAUCUCUAAAGAUUUUGCCCAAAGUAGAGGACAUGAUAAUAUGAGUGAAACAUUGAAGGAUAUUAGCGGAGAUGCUAAAUCUGGGGCAACUCUUAUAUGUGCUUGGGCUGACAGAGGCGCUAUGGCAAGAACUCCAGAUAAUAUUACAGUACAAUCUCCUGCAUUUCCACCACAGAAGGUUGUGGAUACCUUAGGUGCUGGAGACACCUUUAAUGCUGCUGUGUUACAUUAUUUAAAUAAAGCAAAACUGGAAUUCAUUAGAAAAAAAAAGUUAGAAUCAUGCAAAACGAAUAGUGCCUUACAGAAAGAUGUAAAAAUCAAACGUAAUAUUAAAAUGAAUUAUAAUAUUGAAAGCUUAGAAUGUAGCCAUACAGAAUUUAUUACACAAAAUGUCCUGCAAGCAGCUGUAACUUUUGCUUGCCAAGUAGCUGGUGCUAAAGUUGGUUUGAGAGGAUAUAAUAAGUUAGAUAAAAUUUUUAAGGAUGCAUCAAAAAGUUAAUUUGUAAAGCAUUGUAUUGAGUUACAUUAUAUAUAGAUAUUUUAUAGAACAGACUGCAUAAUUGGUUAUAAUUUGUAGCAUAGUUAUUUUAUUUGCUUACAUAUUUAUUAACAAUUAUUUUUUAGUACAUAUAUACAUACAUUACAUGUUUCUUAUGUAAAUAUUAAAAAACAUCUUACUUACAUUUUA